AUGACUACCCCUCCGCCGGUCAAGCGCCAACGGCGCGAAGAAUACCGCCGUGAGCUGGCCGCGCAACAGGCCUCCGGUCAUGGCGACGCCGAGGUCAAGCUGCCUCAGAAGAAAUUCUUCCGCCAGCGCGCGCAUGCGAAUCCCUUCUCCGACCACCAACUUGAAUACCCUCUUAGCCCAGCGCACAUGGAUUGGUCCUCACAUUACCCAGCCUUUGUGGACGCCGAUCCCUCUAAGACAAAUCUCGCCGGUGCGCGCAAGUUGACGAAAGAUGUCGAGGUUGUCGACAUUGGAUGUGGAUUCGGAGGGUUGCUCAUUGGGCUGGCACCAUUGUUACCCGAGACCCUGAUGGUCGGUAAGUACUACUCAGUUCAAGACCUAGGUAGCCAUGAGACAUAUACUUACAUCAUUCCAGGAAUGGAAAUCCGCAUAUCGGUACUUGAAUACGUCACCUCCCGAAUCCAGGCCCUACGCGCACAGCAGCACAGACUGAAGGCCGCCGCCGCAUCCCAAAACCCAGAGGCCGCUACCGCCGAAGUGAACAAGGCCGCCGAGGAAACAAAUGGUGGAGCUCAACAGGCCGAAGAUGCCGGUACAAUGACCUCCAUCAUCCCUGGCAACUACGAGAACGUUGCUGGAAUUCGAAGCAACACCAUGAAGUUCCUCACCAAUUUCUUCGGCCACCACCAGCUCUCUAAGAUCUUUAUCUGUUUCCCCGAUCCCCAUUUCAAGGCGCGCAAGCAUAAGGCGCGUAUUGUUUCCGAGUCUCUCAAUGCCGAAUACGCUUACGUCUUGCGACCUGGCGGUUUGUUGUAUACCAUUACCGACGUGGAAGAAUAUCACUACUGGGUAUUGCGGCAUUUCCAAUACGGGACUGAUGAGGACGGGGAAGCUGAGCGGAAGGUUGGAGGGAUCAAGGAUCUCUGGGAACGGGUCUCGGAUGAGGAAUUGGAAGCUGAUCCUUGUGUGCAAGUGAUGAAGUUCGAGACUGAGGAGUCCAAGAAAGUUACCCGUAACGGUGGUAACAAGUACGUCGCGGUGUUCAGACGCAAGCCUGACCCCGCGUGGGUUUGA